AAAAAACCGCGACUCUUGGAUGCUGACAUUUGGGCUGGAGGGCCGGGAGGGUAUAUAAGGCAAAGGCGGGGUGGGUGAGGCAUCAGUUCCCAUCCUACUUCCGAACCAUGAGGACCUUCGCGUGUAUGCUUCUGCUUCUGGGCGCGGCGUCAGCUCAGGCUCCCACCACCGUCGGCGCCGAGGCUGCCACCGCCCCUGAACCCACCCUUGCCGCCGACCCCGCCGCUGCCGCCCCCGCCGCCGCCGCUGCCCCCGUCGCCGCCGCCGCUGGAGGUCUCGCAAACCGUGGCACACUCGGCUUCAACCCCGGCCCCGCGUUCUACGGCCCGGGCCUGAACAACGCUAACGCCAUCAGGCCCAACCAGCAGAUCAUCCAGCUCAUGCAGAACUACCUCAAGACGGCCCCCAACGGCGCCAACCUGAGAGUGUUCGUGGGCGUUGACGGCCAGACACACUUCACCGACCAGUUCGGCCAAGAGACGGAGGUCCUUCACCCCACCUACGGCGACCUCAACGAGCUCUUCCAGGACCCCAUCGAGCUGAGCGAACGCAUGACCGAGUUCCGCCAGCAGGGCCUCGACCAAGCCAUCAACCGCUGCCAGACUGAGCUGCGCCAGAGGUUCUUCACCAACCCCGCCUCCUUCACCCCCGACCUCUUCGCCGGCCUCAACAUCCCCACCGCUGGAACUCCUGGAGCCGGCGCCCGUGUGGUAGUGGCGUAAAUCAUCACUUCUGGGACUCCACUCCUGCAUCACCACUUUGCUCUCUUGCUCUUCCUUCACCUCCACAUGACCUUCCAACUUCGCCCGUCCUCGGUGUCACAGGUGGUGGUGAUGGUGUCCGUGCUGUGAUGGCGUUCUACACCUCCACAACACCACUCCAUCACCUCCACUUCACCACCGGACGUCCUCUAUAGCAAUAACUCCACCUCGUCUCCACAUAGGCUCCAUUUCUUUCCUUAUUUCUUCUAUAUUGAUUUUCUUCCUUUUUUUAUGUGAUUUGCAUGUUGUAAAAAGCACCGCACAGUUUCCCCACGCUAGCUGUACAUUGUUCUUCCCUUCUGCAUGUGUGUAUUUAAGGGUCACGUGCUACACCAGUAUUUGUAACUUAUUCACAUAAAUAAUAAUGCUCGGAAAGUAG